AUGGGUAUAAUAUUUAGUAUAAAAAUGGGGAAGUUUAGAAUGAGAGGGGGAGAUGUGAGGGUGAAGAGAGUGGUGGGGUGAUUUUUACUCACAGCGGGGUUGGUUAUAGUGUGCAUGGUUGUUAUAGUAUGCUCCCUAGAGACUCUUUGUGAGGAUGGUAACAAAUAGAAAUCUUCAGGUCAUCAAACAUGAAAAGCAAGGAAAGUCAUUUAAGAAAGGAAAAGAAGAGCUCGUCAUCAAGGUUUCAAAUGAUCAAUAUGGAAACAUAAUUAAAAUGACAAGAGGCAAUAAUAGCCCCAUCCUCACUCCUGUUUCACAUCAAAAUAAUGGAUUGGAUAACCCACAAGUACAAGAGAGAAUCGCACAAGAAGUUGGGAAGAUUCUUAAGCAAAAUAAUGUGAUUUUCCAACAAGAUAUAUCCGUCCGUUUUAUUGAAAAAUUAACUGAUAUUGACACAAAAUUGCCAACUCAGGAGAAAACUGUCUGUGAUGAUGAACAUGUGCUUCUUUUCAUCAAAGGUCAUUACUACAACUCACAUGAAAUUCCAUUCAAUCAGAGAAUAGAAUGAGAUCUUGAGGAGACUGAGCGAAAGCUGGUCUCUGAAACAAGCUCCCAUAUCUCCAGGACUCUAUUUGUUUUCUUUUUUAUCCCAAUAUUUUUCCUAAUUUGAUGAUACCUAUUAAGCGAAGAGGGAGAUAUUUAUGAAAGGGAAAUUAUCAGAAUUUACUCUAAUUAUCAAAACUCCCAAAAAGCAGUAAAAAGAUUCAGAAAAGAACGUUAUAAAUCUACGCCACCUCUGAUUCAGCCUGAUAGUUUGAUUCAAACAUUGAUGAAGGAAGGUGAUACUGAAACAUCUUCAGUUAUCAAAGAUAUAAUUACCAGAUAUCGAGCAAAUAUCAUGCAAGAUAUAAAUGAUGCCCAGAGCCUGCUUGUUAUAAUUACCUUAAAAGUGUUCUAUUUAAUCACAGGAGUCCACCUAGUCAGAGACCCAGCUAAUAAUUCCUUUCUGAAAAAUGACAACAGUAUUUUUAAAGAAUUAACUUCUAAACUGCCUUAUACUGCUCAAAAUCAGACUUUACAUAACCUAAGCUCCAAAAUGAGCCAAAACAGCGAUCAUCUUUACUCAACCGAUGAGGCAAGCUCAUCCGGUACUAGCUUCAUCGAAUCUCUACCUCCUCUGGCACCCUCCAGCACUAAACCACCCACCAAAAAGCUUGGAAACACUUAAAUUCUACCUAAAAUCUCAGUAAUUCAAACUCUAAAAAUCUUUUUC